AUGGGUGCGUCAGUCUCAAAAGCUUUGGCGAGGAUCUUUGGUAAUAAGGAAAUGCGCAUCUUGAUGCUUGGUCUAGAUGCAGCUGCGAUUUUGUAUAAAUUAAAGCUUAAUCAAUCUGUAACAACGAUCCCUACAGUUGGUUUCAAUGUAGAAACAGUGACAUACAAGAAUGUCAAAUUUAACGUUUGGGAUGUUGGCGGUCAAGAUAAAAUUCGUCCACUGUGGCGUCAUUAUUAUACUGGUACUCAAGGGCUCAUAUUUGUAGUUGACUCUCAAGAUAGAGAUCGUAUAGACGAAGCUCGACAAGAGUUACAUAGAAUCCUUUCAGAUCGUGAAAUGAAGGAUUGUUUAUUAUUAGUAUUUGCAAAUAAGCAAGAUUUACCGGGAGCAAUGUCUCCUGCGGAGGUGACCGAAAAACUUGGUUUACAUCGUAUGAAAGAGCGUUCUUGGUACGUUCAUCCUUCUUGCGCUACCACCGGGGAGGGUUUGUUUGAAGGAUUAAAUUGGUUAAGUCAAAACGCCAAAACAAAAUAA